AUGCCUUACGCGGUGCCGGGAACCGCUGGGUUAGGACCAGGAAUACUCAGUGACUACAGAUCGUCUUCGUUAAGAACCUCGCUUCCAAUUGCGAAUGAAGGUGCCUUCGACAUAAUAACAAACAGCGCACCGUUCUUCGCCCUCUACUACAUAUCCACACCACCGAGUGCAUCAAGUAACUGUAUUACCUCCAUCUCCACCGAAAAGCUCGUAGCGCGACAGAAAACCUCCACCGCACCAUCAAACACUAGCUCGUUUUCUGCGAAAGGGUGUGGAAGUCCCGUAUCAUAUGCCAAAUCUCGACCCGUCAGAAUGUCUCAGUCAGCACAUUCCUCCAGCGAGAAACGUCCAGCUUCUCUAUAA